GACAAUCAUGAGGCCAUUGUUGGUGUUACUGAGUCUACUUGGCCUGAUGGUCCAUUGUCAAGGGGAGGUGUUUACAUCAUUGGUUGAUCUAGAACAUGUCAUCUACACAGAGAGCAAUAUGCUGGAUGCAUUGAGAGAAUAUGUCAACCAGGAAGAACUCAAAAUACAGAAAGUCAAGCAGUUGAUGGAUGGUUUACAGAGGGCCAGUACCGAGUCUGUGCAGGACCCAGAACUCUACCUGUCCCAUCCAGUCAACGCAUUGCUAUUGGUCAAGAGAUUUCUCUGGGAAUGGUCCGAUUUGGAAAACAUCAUCCGGUUGGAUGUGCCCAAAACAAAUUACCUUGUGAACAUUUCCCAAUAUCGUGACUACUUUCCUGCCAACGAAGACUUGAAGGGUGCAGGGGCAGCUUUACUACGCCUUCAGGACACUUAUAAACUGGACACUAAGGCUAUUGCUGAUGGAAAUAUAGAGGGAACUUGGAAGUCUCCUUCACUCACUGCACAUGAAUGUUUUGAGGUUGGCCGCAUUGCCUACAAUGCCAAUGAUUUCUACCACUCAAGACUAUGGAUGCUGGAGGCAUUGGAUAGAUUAGGAAGGAAGGACAGUCCAGACACAACCGUGGACAAGGCUGAUAUCUUAGAUUACCUCUCAUUCAUAUUUUACAUGAAUGGUGAUGUUGGCCAAGCUUUGGCAUACACAGACCAGUUGCUGGCUAUUGACCCAGAGCAUGAACGUGGAAACAGCAACAAACGCUACUUUGAGUACCACAUAUCCAAGAGAGAGCCCAGAGGUGAAUUUGAGGAGGACGAAGAUGACGAUGAAGGAUGGGUAGAAGUUGAUGAGACUGAGAAGAAACCGGAAGAUCUGGGUCCAAAUACAUCCCCAGAGAGACAAGCUUAUGAAGCCCUGUGCCGUGGAGAUCCAGGCUCAGUCAAGAUUCCUAAGAACCGACGUGUUCUGAAGUGUCGUUACCAGCACUACAACAACCCUCGCCUGUACCUACAACCAGCUAAGGAGGAAGUGGUCUUCGAUCAUCCCAGACUGAUCAUAUACCAUGACAUUUUGGAUGACAGGGAGAUUGCUAAGGUGAAAGAGCUAGCUGCUCCAAGGCUAAACCGAGCCACGAUUCAGAACCCUGUGACCGGCAAGUUGGAAUAUGCAGACUAUCGCAUCAGUAAAAGUGCUUGGUUGAGAGAAGAUCUGGACCCCAUGGUGACUUCCAUCAGACGCAGGGUAUCUGACUAUUCAGGAUUGGAGCUUGCAACAGCAGAAGAACUGCAGGUUGUAAAUUAUGGCAUUGGUGGGCAUUAUGAACCUCACUUUGAUUUUGCCAGGAGACCCAAUGCCUAUCAAGUUGGCAAUAGAAUAGCCACUAUGCUGUUCUAUAAAGAAGAAACCAAUGCAUUUAAAGACCUGGGUACUGGUAAUCGUAUUGCCACUAUGCUCUUCUAUAUGAGCGAUGUACCAGCAGGAGGUGCUACAGUGUUCCCCAUGGUGGGAGCUAGACUUCUUCCUAAAAAGGGCACAGGUGCCUUCUGGUACAAUCUCUUCCCAUCUGGUGAGGGUGAUUUUGACACAAGACAUGCAGCCUGUCCAGUCUUAGUGGGCUCCAAGUGGGUGUCCAACAUAUGGAUCCAUGAACAUGGACAAGAGUUUCGUCGCAAGUGUGGUAUAACACCAGAUGUCAAGUAUUAGGCUGUUGUUACCUGCAAAUUCAUUGUUUGGCUUUUUAGUUUUGCUUUGCAUCAUUAAUUAUACUUUAUUUGUAAUCUGAAACGGAAUUGUGUAACACAUAAUACUUGAUAAUUUUACAACUUUAGCCAAAAUCUGCCACCCAAAUCAUGCUGUGUUUGUUUGUUGUAAAUCAUUGAAUGUUUGACCAUUUGCUUCAGUUACAAAACUUCCAGCCCUAGUACAUUUACUUUCACAAGGUAUAAGUAGCAUGUUGUUUGUAUUGAGUUAGACAUUUUGGUAAUGUUUAUUUUCUGUGGAAUUACUUUGGGUAUUUAGGCACCUUGUCUUAAGCCAAACAUAUAUGGACUAAGAGCUGAUUUGACAAGAGAUAGCAAUAAUUUCAAAGGAUGAAGGUCUUGAAAUGUCACAUUUGGCCAAAUGUAGUGAUAGUUUUCUUAACUCUCCUUCCUGGUUUAUUUCAUAAGUUGAAAUUGCAGUAUUCGUGUUAUGUGAGUCAAGUCACAGGACUUGAUGUGAAUGUGGAGAUGUCUUUAGUAGCAAGUCCAGAAUGAACCAGAACCUACCCAAAUUCACCAAGAUUACGGGCAUGCAACUUCUUGGAUCAGUUGACAUGGCUGAAAACCUUUCACACUAAUACCACUGAAAAGCCUUGUACAUCGUACAAAGUCUUGUAGAGAUCGAAAUUUCCUCCUUUUUUUGGUUGAAGUCCAAGUUCCAAACCCACUCAUGUGGAUGCUACACCUGUUCACAGAAUGAUCCACUUUUACACUGAACGAUUCCAAUUACACAAAGGCAGUGUUAUAGUUACAUGUACAUACUUUUUGAGUACCUGUACCAAGGUCUCAUAUAACUAGAGAGGAGGGAACAAAACUGAAGUACAUGGGCAUUUGAUGGUACAUGCACAAAGAUAAGAUUUACGAAGUAACAUGACUUCAAAUUACCGCGGUAUCACUGUUUAAUAAAACUUUUGCUUUUAGGACAAAAGUACUUGGCCGAGUACUUUCCAGUCUUCUUAAAAAAUAUCCUCACCCUGCUAGAGUUUGGGAUAUCAAUGGGGUCAGGACAUGUAAAACUUGAACUGAGCAAGCUUUUUUUACGAUUCACGUUUCAAUGGUCACUGGUCUAUGUCAAGUCUUGUCCAUGGUUGAGUGUUUAUCUUGCUUUUGAAAUAGUUUUUGAAAAAUCCUGGUGCUGUAUACAUGUAGAUACCAUUUUGUGGUUGAUUGUAAAUAGAAUAUUUUCCUACCCCUUGUCUGCUUGAGAAUGUAAAUUUUAUCAGACAGUCUUCUCCAAAUUGUGCCUACAGAAACAUGCAUUUAUUAGCACUUGCCACAAGAGCAUGUUGACAGUUCUAAAUGUUGCAUAAUUGAACCCAAAUGCUGUACAUGUAGGUGGAUUUUAAUAAGGGAGUAAACAGGUGCUUGGCUGGUCUUAAACGUUAGUUUAGCCAAAGCUGUAAAACUCUAAAGCUGCAAAUGUGUCAAGAAAAGUCCCGUUGUGUACAUUCAUCCUAUUUCGCAUGUGCUGCAAGUUACAAGAUUCGUCUUCAAGCCAUGUUUGCUCAUAUACAGUAUCUUUGACCAGCUGUGUGAUCUAGUGGUUAGUUUUACAGCUCAUUAAUAUCCUUCCAAUUAUUUCAAUGGUAUACCGGUACAUUUUUCCCCAAACUCCAUUUGUGCAGGAUAUUAGACUAAGAGUGUUCAGCUAGCCAAGACUUGCUGAAAUGGCAAAAGAGCAGAGAUUCCCGGUUUGGUUUGAAAUCAACUAAUUUAUAGGGCAUUGCAAUGCAAUUACCAUCAAAUGAACCUCUAUUUUUGUUUACCUACAUGUACAUAUAGGGUAUAUUAAAUGGUAUUUUGCUGUCUUUUUGGUUGUUAUGCCAUCAUUUCAUAUUCAUGAGCCGAACUGUGAUGUCCUGGGAAGAAAACCUCAUUGUGCAUGAAAAACUGCUGGAUUUUCAAAAAGAAAUAUUGCUGGUGUGAAGUGCAUUUUCUUUGAUGAUUCAUCAUUGGAAAGGUACACAAUAAGCCAGUGAGCAAACAAUCUCAUAAAUGUUUGAGGAUUCACAGUUUGAAUAGAAAGCCCACGCAUUGAACAACGUGCAUGUUUUCCCUGAAUGACAUUGACAUGAUUGAAGCAACACUGCCCUCAGUUGGCCAGGAAAAUAUUUACAAGUUGAAUGUUUAAAAGUGUACUUUUCAAUACAUCUAACCUUAAAGCAAUGUUCAGAUAGUUACCAUACAUUGAAGUUUGUAUGUUAGUCAUAAGACCUAGACUGAAGGGUCACAAUUUCACACUAUGUUGGACUCAAAAGGUGAGCAUUAAAGUGUUCUGUUUGUCACAAGUUCUUGCCAUUUAUAGUUUUAUACCCAUUAAAUAAAGGAUGAUUAGACUUACUGUAUAAGCAAAAUUUUUUACAUUAAAGCUUGUAAAAUGUGGAAAUAAGCUGUUUGGAAAGGUCAGGAACUAGGUAAAUUUUGCAGACUAUUUUCUGCUGGAAAGUAUCAACUUUAUGCAGAUUCCUAGAAUUGGUGCUGUUACACAUGUAGACUUAGAUUAAAAUACCAAAAGCUUUGUCUGUGUGUCAAUGUAUGAAUUUUCUUGUUUGGAUUUCAGUCAGGUUUAUGUUUAACAUCUGUAUGUUUAAAAUAAUGGUUGAGAAUUAAAAAUGCAUUUAUACGAAGGAGAACUGUAGUCAUUUUUGUAACAUCUGUGGCUGCAGUCAGUAGAGAACAGUGUUGUAGAUCUCGAGACCCGUCUAGAGACCGUUUUUGGCGGUCACGAUCUCAAUAUUCAGUGGUCUCAGUCUUGAUCUCGGUCUCGGAUAUUGGAGGUCUCGAUAUUUUCCCUGGUGGCAAGUCAAGAUUACUCAAAGAGAUUGACACCACAUUAUGCACGACCUAAUUCACAGAUUUGUAUGUACAUGUACUUCAUGUUUUCAACCUCGCACCUGUGCAUCAUGACUAUUAUCAUUGUAAUAAGCACUGGGGGCGAGUGUGAAUAUUGUGGCACAUACUACCUGAUGCAUAGUACAUGUCAACUGAUGCAUGCACGUGGUGUGUGCUGGGGCUGGCUUCGCACGUGACUAACAGUUUUUCAACUCCAUGUGCAUUGUGAAUUGGAAGGUUGAACUUUGCACUAACCUAGCACUCUGCACUCUUUCAAGAUGUCAAGCAAUUCAGCUGUGAUCAACUUCGGUUUCAGAAACCAUGAAGAGUACAGGUAUCUCGAUGCGAAAGUGGUGUAAGCAGUCAGUUUCCACUGAAUGGCUAUAUUUAACAACUUUGUUUUGUUUUCGGAUGAUCUAGGGAAGGCGUUGAAGCCUGCUAGAAUUAAAUCAUUUGUGCUAAUAACACUGUUAUCCAGGAGCUCGCAAAGUGCAUGUACGCCUUAA